GAAAGACCAGUUUAUGGAACAUUUUGUUUUUGACAAUUCUGUAUAGAAGGAAAAUUCCAUUACUUAAUAUCUAAGACAACUCUCCCGCGCCAUUCCCAUUCCAUUGUGUUGUGAUCUGCAGGUGGAAGAGAGAAGCAAGAUCUGUUAGGAAAAUGGCGAGUGGGUUCUCCGGUUCAACGUCGAUGAUCGUCACCAACACGCCAUCGCAGGACCUCGCCCUCACCAACCUCGCCUUUUGCUCAACCUCUGAUCUUCCCCAAUUCGCCGUUCCCUCUCACCACAACCUCUACCUCGCUUCCAUCGCCGAUUCCUUCGUCUUCUCUCUCUCUGCUCAUGAAAGCAUACGCAGUGGCCAAAUUGCGUUGAAUUCCAUUCAACGUCGCUGCGCCAAAGUUUCUGCUGCUGAAUCCGUACCUGUGAGCCGAUUCGUGCCACCCGACAACUUCAACCUGGCAUUGCUAACCCUUGAAUUGGACUUCGUUAAAAAGGGAAAUAAGAGUGAACAGAUUGAUGCUGUUGUACUGGCUAAGCAACUUCGGAAGAGAUUUAUGAACCAGGUUAUGACUGCAGGGCAAAAAGUGUUAUUUGAGUAUCAUGGAAAUAAUUAUAGCUUUACAGUCACUCAAGCUGCUGUUGAAGGCCAAGGAAAGUCUAAUUCUCUUGAAAGAGGGAUGAUUUCAGAUGACACAUACAUUGUUUUUGAAACAUCACGGGAUAGUGGAAUUAAGAUUGUCAAUCAACGUGAGGGUGCCACAAGCAACAUUUUCAAGCAAAAAGAAUUUAACCUUCAGUCUCUGGGUAUUGGUGGUCUGAGCGAAGAGUUUGCUGAUAUAUUUCGAAGAGCUUUUGCCUCUCGAGUUUUCCCUCCCCAUGUGACAUCCAAAUUAGGGAUCAAGCAUGUGAAGGGCAUGCUGCUUUAUGGGCCUCCUGGAACUGGAAAGACACUUAUGGCACGUCAAAUUGGGAAAAUUUUGAAUGGGAAGGAACCAAAGAUUGUAAAUGGCCCUGAGGUUUUGAGCAAAUUUGUUGGUGAAACUGAAAAGAAUGUGAGAGAUCUGUUUGCUGAUGCUGAACAGGACCAGAGGACCCUAGGGGAUGAAAGUGAUUUGCAUGUAAUUAUCUUUGAUGAAAUUGAUGCUAUUUGCAAGUCAAGAGGUUCAACUCGAGAUGGUACUGGAGUUCAUGAUAGCAUUGUAAACCAGCUUCUUACAAAGAUAGAUGGUGUGGAAUCACUAAAUAAUGUUUUGCUUAUUGGAAUGACUAACAGAAAGGACAUGCUUGAUGAAGCUCUCUUAAGACCAGGGAGGUUGGAAGUCCAGGUUGAGAUAAGCCUUCCUGAUGAAAGUGGUCGAUUGCAAAUUCUUCAAAUUCAUACCAACAAAAUGAAAGAGAAUUCUUUUCUAGCUCCUGACGUGAACCUUCAAGAACUUGCUGCUCGAACAAAAAACUACAGUGGAGCAGAACUAGAAGGUGUUGUGAAAAGUGCAGUCUCGUAUGCUUUAAACAGACAAUUGAGUCUGGAUGAUCUCACCAAGCCAGUGGAGGAAGAGAACAUUAAGGUUACAAUGGAUGACUUUUUGAAUGCACUCCAAGAAGUUACUCCUGCAUUUGGAGCUUCCACUGAUAAUCUUGAAAGAUGCAGACUCCAUGGCAUGGUGGACUGUGGUGAUCGACAUAAGCACAUUUAUCAAAGAGCAAUGCUACUUGUAGAACAAGUUAAAGUGAGUAAAGGAAGCCCACUUAUUACUUGUCUGCUGGAAGGUUCUAGUGGCAGUGGUAAAACCGCCCUUGCAGCUACUAUUGGUAUUGACAGCGACUUUCCAUAUGUCAAGAUAGUGUCGGCUGAAUCAAUGAUUGGUCUACAUGAGAGCACCAAAUGUGCACAAAUUAUUAAGGUUUUUGAGGAUGCUUACAAAUCACCUUUGAGUGUCAUUAUUCUUGAUGAUAUUGAGCGAUUAUUGGAGUAUGUGUCUAUUGGUCCCCGUUUUUCAAACUUGAUUUCUCAGACAUUGAUGGUUCUGCUGAAACGGCUUCCUCCAAAGGGUAAAAAACUCUUGGUUAUUGGCACGACAAGUGAACUGGUUUUCUUGGAUUCAAUUGGAUUUUGUGAUACUUUCUCUGUCACUUACCAUGUUCCUUCUUUGAACACUAAUGAUGCAAAGAAGGUCCUACAAUAUUUGAAUGUUUUUUCGGAUGAAGAUAUUGAUUCUGCUGCAGAGGCGUUGAAUGAUAUGCCUAUCAAGAAGCUAUACAUGUUGAUUGAGAUGGCAGUGCAAGGGGAGCACGGUGGAUCUGCAGAAGCUAUCUAUUCUGGCAAAGAGAAGAUUAAUAUCUCUCAUUUCUAUGAUUGCCUCCAGGAUGUUGUGAGAGUAUAAUAUGUUAUCGGGUUAAGCGUCUUCCCAGUUAAGAGUGCAUAUCAUCGUCACUGUUUUGGAUUCUCAUUUUUUGUAUAGCUCAUUCCAACAUUCCUUGUUACUGUUCAGUUUUGAGAAGGCUUUCUCAAUCAUUGUAGCUUUGUUGUGCUGAUAGAAAUAUUUAAGAGGCGGAAAUUUUUGUAGUCACAUGUUUUUAUCUUUAUAGGUGUGGGCUUAGUUGGAACUGAGUUGCACUUAAGCUGGUAUAACCUCUAUUCGGGAUCCUACAUUAUCCAAACAUCUUAUAUUGAGGCUUCUCAUGCUUUGAAUUUU